AAAGGAGUUUUAUUUACAUAUAUGUCACCUUUACACAGCUGUAUCAUACAUUAAGCCAAGCGCAUCGAGUCCAAACAUAACAUAUAACAAAAAUGAGGCCCACGCAGCACUCCGUCAUAAACUCCGUGGGCAAGAAGAUUGGGAGCCUAUCGAUCAACGGUUCGCACUCCAACAAACAGAACUUCAUGGACAUGGAACAAGAGGAACAGCAGCCUGAGCAUAUGUUCUUGGCCACCCAGACCGUGGAGGACAUUCUCAAUGAGGUCCUGUGCAUGCAGAACUUCCAGCAAAAACCGUCAGACAGCAUCCUAGAUCAGUUCUGCCGGUCGGAGAAGUCCAGGGACCUGCCGCUGGACGAGGAUUUGGACAUGGACCCGCGACUGCGCAGCUGGAACCGCGUCCUGGAGGAGCGAAGGCGACUGCAGGAUCGGAUCGCGCGGCAGACGGGAAAGCGGGCCGAGGACGUGCUCUUCAACCGCUCGGCAACCAUCGACGAGGCCAACAAGCGGAUGAUCCUGCGCGUCCUUGACACCGCAGACCGGUCGCGUCCUCUUGCUCGCCUCAAGGACAACGUUACCCUGAGCUCGCUGAAGCCGCGCUGUGAUCCCCAUCUGUGCCGCGAGAUUAAGGCGCUGUACGCCGUGAAGCCGCAGUUGCAGGAGGUGGAGUUCGUUGGCCUACCGCAGGUCACCCAAAAGGAGCUGGCUGCCACCCGCCUGACACCCAACGAGAUCGAGAGCCAGUGGCAGCGCUCCCAGGUCCUGAGCGAACGUCUUGAGGACAAGAAACACUCCAUUCGACAGGUGCUUGACUUUGCGCCCGACCUGAAGGGACUGCAGGUAACGCCGGCAUUGGUGGGCUCAUCCACGAAGACUCUGCCAAUCAUCAAAGUCGACGACACUUCCUUGUCUAAAAUCUCCGGGAACUCCACUCCGGAAGAGGAGGAGGAUUCGGAGUCGGAUCUGCUGUCCAUAGAGGGGGAGGAGAGCGAUGGCGAUCCGGAGCCGGCACUCGAGGAAAUAACAAAGGGAAUUGUCGAGAGUCUGGACAUGGAUGACGCCAAGGACAUACACGGUCUGAUGAUCAACGGCGUGCUCAUUGAUUACCGCAAUCCUGUCGGCGCCAUAAGCAAAAGCAUCAGCAUGCUGCUCCAAUGUGAACCAUAUGAGCGCGUGGUGAAGAUGCUAUUGGACAUUCAGAAUCUGAGUCCGAAGCUGGUGCACGUCUUUUGGCUGAGCAAGAACCGCUUGCGCUCCGACCGGCUGCCCUUGAACUCCGAGCUGGUAUUCGACCGCAGCGAGUUCAUACUGGAGCCGCAGGGUCGCCGCCUCAUCCGGGUGAUGUUUCAGCCGAAGAAGGUGGGCCUGUACACGCAGCGAUGGCACGUGAACUUCCAAAAGUCGCCCUUCUGUGGCACCCGUCGGCUGGACGUCGUUCUCCAGGGUCAGUGCACCAUGCCCACUCCGUUCCAGAGACGUCUCGAGGGUCACAGACAGGUGCCCCUAGAUAAGCAGCAACAAUUGCAGGCCCAGGGCCUCCUCCAAAUGCAGGCCAGCUUGGCGCCCAUUAUCGAGAAUCCGCGACCAUUGUGUCCCUACCAAAGACCCCUUGACGAACGCGAGGUCUUCAAUGCCCAGAACUUCUCCUAUCGAUGCCAGCGAUACGAGGAUCUGGAGGCGCUUAAGGACUUGUAUCAACUGGCCAAGAAGCCACGCGACAGACCUUGGGAUUUGAGCAUCGAGACCCUGCGUCGUUUUAUUGGCAAGCAGGAGAGUCGUCUUCUGCGCGAGAAUCUCCACAACCAACUGAUCGCCUUGCUCCAGCCGAUGAAGUGCAACAGGUGCUCAUCCUAUGCCUUCCUGGAGCACAACACGGAGCGGGAUAGAUCUCGCUUCAUCUACGUGCGCGGCACCAUCAGCAGCACCAUCGACGAAUGGGAAGCAAUGGCUUCUGGCCUGGAUGAACAGUUCUUCAAGCUGGAGCUCCUUCGCUAUCUGGGCGAGAGUGCUUCUAUUCCGAUCGCCGCCGAACUAACCCAGAAGAACCGCCAGCAGGCUCCAGAUGAAAACGACGAACUUCAGAUCGUGGAGAAGGUUUCGAAGAGAGUCAAGGCGAGCAAGUACCUCAAGGACUCCCUCUACAUGCACACCUACAGUCUGCUAUGUGAUGCUGUCGAGGUCAUCGUCUCCGUAAUCGAGAGCACCGCCGACUAGCAAUCAUACCACUGAUAGUACCGAUCGAUAUAACCUUUCCAAGUUUUGGUUAUCUAUUUUUUAAGUGGCAACACCCAAUUAAAAGAAAAAAAAAUCUACCUAAUCUACUCCCCAA